AUGGAUGAAGCUACAUUUGAUAAACCUGGUGAAGCAGAAUCAUUAAUUGGAAAUAAAUGGUCCAAACACUAUACACAUGAUACAGAGAAUGGAAGAACAGUUUAUUAUAGAUGCAACAAUGCCAAACGUCGUGGGCCUCAGUGUAGUGCAAGUAUUUAUCUGCUGUAUCAUGCAGAUAGUGAUAAAGUUACUGUCUAUAAAACUGAAGCUGAUCACGAUCAUCAUGAUGAUAAAUGUCGCGGUAUUGAUGAAAAGGUAUCAAAUGUAUUCGAUAGUUCUUAUAAUCAAAUAAUGUGUUGGGCGCAUAUGAAAAGAAAGGUUGACAAUCGUGUUUGUCAUAUAGAUGACAAACAAAUUGCAAAGGAAAUAGUACAAGAUAUUGAAAUGCUUCAAUUAUCCAAUUCUAUAGAAGUAUUCGAAUUAGCAUCAACAUUAUUUAUAAAGAAAUGGAAUGCGAACAACAAACAGAAAAAUCAGUCGAUAUUAGACUUUUUGAAUUAUUUUGAUAAUGAAUGA